CCACACAUGUGAUUUCCUUCCGUUAAAGUAAGUAAUUGUAACACAAACUAUUCGCCUAUUCAGUUUACUUAGUCAUCGAGAUCGCCAUCCCAGAACCUCCAAACACCAAAAAAAUCUCCAUCACUGUGACGUGGAACGUUCCAGUACCUGGAGAGGCGGAUCUCGGCGGGUAUUUGUGGGUUAAAGUUUAAGCUUGGAACGGGUUGCCGCACUUCACGGCUUCCGACCAGUGAAUAAAGUGCAAGCUUCGUGUCCCGAACUCAAUUGUCAACCUCCAAGAAUCAGAUGCAAGAAGCAGCGAUCAGUCGACCUUGAAUAUGAGCUCCAACGCAUCCAUGGAGACAGCCGAGCUGCGUCAGAGACAUGCGGUCUCUGGUCUGCAGGGAAACGGUACUCCGCAUGCGGAGAACGACCCGGCCAUUCAAGAUGAACCGGCCAUGAAGGCCAGGAAGACUUUUGGCCGGACCCCAGACGGAACAACUUUCAUCGUGCCAACCACGCAUGACAUGGUUUCGCAGCUACUUGACCCAAGGCAGCCGAAGAACUUGUCGGAUGCCUUUGUGUUAGUCAUUCUCGCGAGCCUUAUAGUUCUCUUAUUCUUGUUACCGCCAUCUCUCAAGCGGCCCGUGUUCGCUUUCAUCUUCCUCUUUUGGCGUGCUGCCUAUAACCUAGGCAUCGGUCUUCUGCUCAGAGGCCAGUCUAACGAGAACAAACUCGUCAAUUGGGCGAAGACGUGGAAGCUUUUUGAAAACCCUUCAACCGGCAGAAAUCCACGGCCUUGGUUGUACAAGCUCAUCAAGACCGAGCUAGAGGCCAAGAUCCCUGAAGACUAUGCUUUCGAAAAAGCGCCACUCGAGUAUAACACAUGGCUCGUUUUUCGGAGAGUCGUGGAUCUUAUCCUUAUGUGUGACUUCGUGUCGUAUUGUUUGUUCGCGAUCGCUUGUGGCCAUAAGCCAGAAGGUGAAGCAUCCCUGGUCGCCGUAGCUCGCUGGUCAUUUGGUCUGGCCUUGGUUGGCUUCAAUUUGUGGGUCAAACUUGACGCACACCGAGUCGUGAAGGACUAUGCAUGGUACUGGGGUGAUUUCUUCUACCUCAUUGACCAGGAGUUGACAUUCGAUGGUGUGUUUGAGAUGGCACCCCAUCCCAUGUACUCAAUUGGCUAUGCUGGCUAUUAUGGCAUCUCUAUGAUGGCCGCUAGCUAUUCUGUUCUACUCAUCUCUGUUGUGGCGCAUGCUGCUCAGUUUGCCUUCCUGGUUCUUGUGGAGAAUCCUCACAUUGAGAAGACUUACAACCCUCCUGCGCCUCGAAAGCGCGCAGACACAAAUGUCUCCAACGAGUCUGGCGAGGUGUCAUUGGUCGAUCCAGCAGCUGCAUCAUCUUCAUUGGACACUCCGGCUCAAAUCCACAACCUCUUGGGUUUGAAGAACUUCGAUCUUUUCAGAACGACAGAUUAUACAACUUUACUUCUUAUGGGUUAUAUUGCCGUGUUAACACUCGUCACCCCAAGCACGCCUUUGUAUCAAUUUCUGUUCGUUCUCCAUGCGGUCGUGUGGCGACUCUGGUAUUCGGUCGGGCUGGGUGUUAUUCUUACCCAACAAUCAAACAACAAAACAUGGACCAGACACUUCCUCAAAUUCGGUGAGAGCACUGGUGAGGCAUGGCGCCAAUGGAAGGCCAUGUACCACAUCUCUACCUCUUUGACUUACGCCUCCUUUGUGGCUGCGUGCUGGAAGAUGUAUUCUUUCCCUGAUUGCUGGGAUUAUGGAUUCGUACUUCUCAAGCAUGUGUUGGGCGCAGGUCUUAUCCUCCUGCACAUCUGGACUUCGGUCAGCAUCUAUGACUCUCUUGGCGAGUUCGGCUGGUUCUUUGGAGACUUCUUCUUCGACCAGAAGGCUAAGCUCACCUACACCUCAAUCUAUCGGUUCUUGAACAACCCAGAGCGCAUUAUCGGAACAGCUGGGCUGUGGGGUGCUGCUCUGAUCACUUGGAGCAGAUCGGUUUUCAUACUCGCUCUGGCCAGUCACCUUCUUACGCUGGCAUUUUUGCAGUUUGUCGAACAGCCUCAUAUGCAGAAGGUGUAUGGCCGCAGCCUUCGAAAGGAAGCCGGGCUUAUGAAGUUCAUCAAGAGCAGCUUGCCCCCGCCUGUUAAAGAAUGGGGUACAGGUGUCAGCAAGGUUGUGGAUGAUACCUCACACUUUGUUGAAGCCUUCCUGGAAACUGCUCGACCGAAACUGGCUGCUGGCGUUUCUUCUUUCGCGCGAGAUACUACCGCGCUUUUCAACAAUGUUCCAGCUCGUCUAACUCUGACCAAACUCUCGCCAGAUUUGGCCGGUUACGACCCGAAGGAUUACUCUAUGCAGGUGGUUGGGGAAUCUGCCGCCUACUCAACAAUUACGGAACGAGCUACUGGCAAGGAGGGAACAAACGCUCGCUACCCAAGCGAGCUCAAGACCAUGAUCCUUCAAUAUGGCGCUCCAAUCAAGGUCAAGUGGAGAGCCCCAGCAAACCACCACAAAAAGGAUUGGAUUGGGCUCUACAUGGUCGCUGAUAACAGAUCCCGUGAGAUUACAGAAGUACCUUCGCUUGGUCGCUGGGUCGCUGUCACACCUAAUCAGUAUGACUCUACAACCGCCGACAAGGGCAACCUUGUGUCAGAUAUUCCAGUAGAAAGUGACGAUGAUUCACCAGAAGGUGGUAUGGUGCAGGGUGAAAUUGUCUUCGAGGGUGACAAAUUGUGGUGGACAAGAGGUGUCUUUGAAUUCCGAUACCACCACGCCGGAAAUCACAACGUUAUGUCCAUCUCGCAGCCUUUUGAAAUCCAAAUCGGCCGUUUCGAUGAGGAGGAUGUUGAGGUUGAUACGCAGGGCAUGUAUCAGAAGUCAGUCGAAUCUUCUCUUCUACCUCUUGUGCAGAACUGUUUCGACAGAAACCCCGACAUUGCACCAAGUACUCCCGAGGAGCCCUUCGGUAACCACGUAGAACGUGAUGGCAAGUAUGCUAGGAGAGUUGUCUACGCAAUUCAGCAAAUGUUCGGCAUAGAGUUCGCUCCGGCUGUGGUGCCAGCCGACAGGAAUGUCAAGAGUCUCGCUUGGAGAAUUUGCAAUGCCAAGCAAGUUCUUGCUCCUUACAGUAUGUCCCACUCAAAGGGGACAACUACCCCAGCAGCCGAGAAGGGCGACUUCUGAGCCAAAUAAAUAGCCAGCUUCAGGAGCCAACUAUCUUUUACACGCAUGGUAUGGCAUAGAGAAAAAGCAUUGAAAUGGAGUUGUCAUGGGUGGCGUUUGAUGUUGUCGAAUUGAGUGGUGGCCGUACCCUAGUUUGGAUUAUCAUCAGCAAUUGUCGUGAUGCAUGAUUAUACCAGCAUUAUGUAGUACAGAUCAUCCUCUAGUUUGGCGAUAUUCGAUGGAGUUAUGUCUUGUUGUGAGUGUCGGUGUAGUGUUCGAGCCUCUUGGUCAAUCUUAUGCAUUGUGCGUACAUGGAAGGUCCAUAUAGUGAAUGUGGACAACGCCUGGCUACCCUGAAUACAACGGCUAACGUGGCAGUUCACC